ACGGAGCGCACUGUUGAAGGAAGUUGGUGUUUAUUUUUGAAAGUAUGUGAUCAAACACGAGCACUGAUUUCUAUCUCUGAACAUAAAAACAGCUACAUCAUUUUCACAGCUCCGAGCUGAAGUCGUUUGGAGUAAACGAGUCACAGUUAGUGCCUAAUGCCAAGCCUGGAGGGACACUGUUGGAGCUGCUCCUGUUCCCGACUGAAAUCUAAAAACAUUUCGAGUGCAACCUGGUUAGCAUCUAAAGCAGGCGAGAUGAUGACCAUUAUCACGUCUCUCCUGUCUAAUGCCUGUGGCUCCUUGGAUAGCCUGCAGGUAAUGCACUUUGCCCGACGUGGCCUCGUCCUUUUCACCGUCGGGGGUUUCCUGGCUUUGGUGCUGAACUUGCUGCAAAUACAAAGGAACGUAACCUUUUUCCCAGAGGAGGAGGCGAUUACAACUGUUUGUGCGUCUACGUGGUGGGUUCCACCUUGCUGUGGCACGGCGGCUGCUUUCGUGGGCUUGCUGUUCCCUUGCAUUGACAGCCACCUGGGGGCGCCACACAAGUUCAAGAGGGAGUGGGCCAGUGUCAUGCGGUGCAUUGCCGUAUUUGUUGGCAUCAAUCAUGCAAGUGCUAAACUGGACUUUGUCAACAAUGUUCAGCUGUCCCUCACCUUGGCUGCUCUGUCGCUGGGGCUGUGGUGGACCUUCGACAGGUCAAGAAGCGGCUUCGGCCUGGGAAUUACCAUUGCCUUUCUGGCUACACUCGUAGUGCAGCUUCUGGUCUACAAUGGUGUAUAUCAGUAUACAUCAGCAGACUUCUUGUAUGAUCGUUCGUGGUUGCCCUGCAUAUUCUUCUCUGGUGGAGUCACUGUUGGAAAUCUAGGACGACAGCUGGCCAUGGGUGGGGAGGAGAAGCCCCAUAAUGACUAGGUGAAUGGGAACUGGAUCUUGUGCCAAUAUGGAGAAGAUGCACAUGAAGACCUCUGAUUCAUCAUUUCUGAGAUAAAAGCACUGAGAUGAAAACUGAGAAAAAUCUGACCCAUUUUGAUGAGCAAAGAGGACCCAUAAAUUAUGUUAUUUGAGAGAGACAUUUGCACAACAUCUUCAUGGCAAAAAAAGCUCCAGUCUUACCAUCUUAUCUCAUUCUCAAGUAUUUAGCAGAAUAGUAUUGAUCAUAUUCUCUCACCUCACAUUUUUUGUUUCAGUUGAACUGAAAUAGCCUUUACAGUUGAGAUGAUGUAGAAGACAUUUUCCAAAUGUGUGUUGGUUGUGCUGAAAGCAUGUUGGACAUAAGUGUGAGAGGGAAACAGUCAGAGCUUUGUGAAUGAUUAACUUCCACAAUUAAUUUUCACCGGUGGACACAUUUCUAGAUACUUCAACUGUAAAUAUUACACUGUAUUACACAGAAAUACUUGAAAUAGCAAUGAUUUUAUUAAUUUUCAGACAUUGAUAUUUUCCAAACAAAAUAGGAGCCACAUCAUAAACAACAGCAGACAUGUUUGGUUUGAAUUUCCCUCAGAAAUAGAUUGUUUGCAUGAUGUUACUUCAUGGGCUACUCUUAGCAAUCAAUCUAAAUGAUCAAUGUCUAAAUAAAUGCUACAGUUACUUCAUGGAUUUUAUGACAUUCACCCAAGAUGGUAGUAUCUGCAUCUUAAAGCAAACUGAUUUCACUGUUGAGUUGCAGUUGAUGUCAUCCCAUCUCCAGUUUGAAUUGCAAAAUAACAACUAUGAGAAUACUGUGUGCAAUAGGUUGAGGUGAAAGUCACUUUUGCAGA